AUGCAAGAGAGCUACCAGACAGACAACUGUUACUGGAGCUUGGUAUUAGAAAGGAAGAAAUUCCUGCCUAUAUAUACCCCAGCUAUGAAUGGGAGAGCUGAAACUUAUAACAAGUUUAUACUCAAACAACUCAAGUUGGUCGUAUUGAAUUUUCCGGAUAGGUUAUUUGACCUCCUUUCGCUAUUUAAUGAAAUCAUAGCUUAUUGUGUUUAUAUGUACAUUGAUAUCUUUAUGUGCAUUAUAUGCGUGUAUUACAUUGAACUAAAAGAUUCGUUACUGUUGUUGUUUUGA